ACGUCACACUUCGCUUUUGAACAUUUUCAAAAGGCCACAGAAAGCAAGUACCAAGAGUCUCUUCUCUCUGAUCUCGUCAUCCAACCGUCUCACUCUCAAUUUCUCUCUCAAUCUCACAUUCAACAACUGAUCAGGAUGAAUACAUUUGAAUUCAAUGUCACAAGAAAGAACCCUUUCUUUCUUCUUCGAUCCUUUCCCUUGAAGAUUCCCUUCAACGAGAAGGUUGAUGUUCCUUGGUUCUUGGAGAUAAUCAAGAGGAGAAGCAGCAGUUCUUUAGAGAUUUCUUUGAGAAUGGGUGUCUUUGAAGAAAUAUCUACCGAAAAACCCCUGUAUGUGAAAGCACAUGUUUACCUCAUUGAUCAAUUCAAUGAGCUAAACAAUGUGGUAUCCGAAUUGAUUCAUACUUUUACUGGUUCUUUCGACACUGUAACCUUGAAGGAUUUCAUCCCUGUUAAGAAAUUUUUGUGCCAUACACAUGGCUAUGUGGUCAACAACAAGAGUAUAGUAAGAAUUGAGAUGGUUGAGAUGGGGUUGCAGCAACCACCUUCUGCUUCAGUUGCACCUUCUGCUUCAGUUGCACCUUCUGCUUCAGUUGCACCUUCUGCUUCAGUUGAAGCUUCUACUUCACUUGAAGCUUCUACUUCACUUGAAGCUUCUCCUUCACUUGAAGCUUCUCCUUCACUUGAAGCUUCUGCUUCACUUGAAGCUGCAAUUGCACCUUCUCCCUCUACCUCAGCUGCUUCUAAUGAUUCAAUUUCAGUAAAUCAUAUAAUUGAAGAAUUGUCUUCACUUUUGAACCGUUUGAACUGUUCUUUUGACGAAGAUAUUAUGGCUGAAUUUUUGACAGUUAAUGGAAAAUUUAAAAAUGAUUUCUAUAAGUUUUUGAUUGAGAACAGGCAUGAUGUUCAAAGAAUUGUUACAGCUGUCACCCAAUUUACUAUGAUAAUGGGGGUGUUAAAAACUACCAAGUGGUACGGGGUUCAGAAAAUCUCAAACUAUGUGCAAUCAUCAUAUUCAAUUUUGUCUGGACUAGAUGGUCAACUAUUUGGAUUUCUCAAGCCCGUCAUCGAAAAAGUGGACAAAGUUUCACAUUUGUUGACACUUAGAGCACAAGCUUAUGAAAGGGAGUGUAUGCUUCAGAGAGUGAAGAAAGAUAUAAGCCAAAUGGAGAAAGAUAUAAGGGAAAUGGAAGAAAGUGUUUCAGCUUUUCACUAUGAGGAGGAGAUUUUAUCCGGCUCUGAGUUAGGUUUCUAGUCAUAUCUGCUUUACUGGGCUUUACAGUACUUUUGUUUUGUCUAUUCUUUGUAUUGAUUUUGGUUAAUAGUUUCUGGCUAUAUACUCUGGCUAUAUACUUUUGUCUAUUCUUUUCAA